AUGCUCUUCAGCUCUCGUUCGACCGUCACCAUCAUCUACUCCAUUGCACUGGCCUCCUUGGCUUUGUUGGCAACUUUACCCGCUGCUCAGGCUGACUGUUUCCUGCAAUGCGGGCCCAUUGACACCAAGGUCCUUUUCUGCGGGUACAUGAAGAGCGGUAACGAGACCAUGCCAACUAUUGGUACCGAUGCUGGACGCGAUAAAUGCCUCUGCAACCAAGACAAUGUUCAUCUCUACCGCCAGUGCUUAGGUUGCUCACACCCCACUGAUGUCGAAAAGAUCGCUGGUCAGUUUGUCUCUGAUUGUAAGAUCACCGACUCUAGCCGCAACCUCGUCAAUGGCGCCCUCUCUGAACUUAGCUCGCUUCCUAACACAGCGACCUACGCCGUCGUCAUGGUUGGCUCGAUUAUUGCUGCUGCCGCCUUCAGCUAUUAA